CUCUUGGGGGCUGACAGUACUGACGAGCCGACUCUGAAGCAACGCAUGCGUCAACCUGAGCCAUCUCGCAAGCAGGCAAGACUGCUGGCCAAGCAGCGUGCACAGCGAGAUCAAGCAGCUUCCGAGCACACUGCCUUUAGACAGGCAGAACGCUACUGGAAGUCUCGUAUUGAUUCUCCUCAGUACGAACACGCAUUUCGAUCUUCGAGCGUGCAAUGGCAUGAUACUCCCGGCUGCUCUUACCAGAUCGGCACAUGGACGGAUGGUCGGGUCAAGUUGACGUAUUCACUCCGUCGGCAUAGACUCAACGGCGUGCCGGACGCGCUUGCACAACGACCGUCAACGUCGAGCGAAUGGCAAAGCGGCACAUAUGCCAUCACAUUCGAUGCUGCACCUGGACUGGUCUAUUUGCCAGGCUGGGCAGCUCCCCCCCUUCAGCGCCAGCUGAUCAAGUCGUGCCUGUGCGAAGCGGCAGAUGAACAUCAUCCGCUCAGCCUUUCGCCGCAUUUCGUUCUUCCCCCGGCUGGCUUGUGGGAUACGUACCAGCGAUGGCGACGUACACCCCAAGAGCCGGCAGGAGCAGACUCGUGGCAUGUACCGAGGAAGACAGUAGCGGCUCGAGAAAGGCUGAGACGCGAACGCGUUGAUCUCGAGCCUGUUACGACGGGCAACUUCAUGUCAGAGCGCAAGCCCUUGCCGAGCAUGCAUGCAAACGAAGACCCAUCAAAAGAUCAAGCGCAAAGUGAACACAUCCACGAAGUCAUGGAAAGAUUACGAUGGGCUAUCAUCGGCUUCGAAUACAGCUGGACUGACAAGGCCUACUACUACGACCGGCCUUUCUCGCCCAUGCCCGAUCUCAUUUCUCGAGCAUGUACAAACACUGUCAAAGCCUUACCUUGGGCGGAUGUGUUUACACGUGCAACAUCAGAGGAACGGGCUCAGUACUUGGGGUGGGCAAACGAUUAUGAGCCUCAGACGGGCAUUGUCAACUUCUACGGGGCUCGUGAUACGCUAACGGGUCAUAUUGACCAAUCUGAGCCCGAUGCAGUUCGUCCGCUUGUCUCCAUUAGUCUCGGUACUUCCGCUGUCUUCCUUGCCGGUGGUGAAACGAGAGACGCCCGGCAUCCUCUUCCGUUUCUGCUCCGAUCAGGCGAUGCCAUCGUUAUGUCAGGUCCAUCCCGCCGAGUCUUUCAUGGCAUCCCACGUGUCUUGGACCAUCUGCCUGCUCCUGCUCAUCUCACUUCGAGUAUCUCAGACGACCCAGACUGGACAGAAGGCGGAUUUGCGGACUACAUGUCUGCCGGACGUCGGAUCAAUAUCAAUGAUCAUGCUCAAAAGCACUCCACCGGCCCCAAGUCGCACUGUAGGCUGAAUGUGCCGCUUCGAGAUGAACCCAAGCUGGGCCUUGCUCAGCUGCCUGUCUGUGCAUGCUGCGGCACGGUUGAAGCCUCGUUGCCAAAGCUUGGUGUCGCCCGCGCCGCGGGGUAA